UUUCCCAUGCUUGUUAUCUGAUUUUCACUUACUUUUUUUUUUCUUUAACGAGUCUUAGGGAAUCGCGGGUGUCGAUAAAGGUACCGGGCGAAGAUAGGAUACACACUCGUGUGUCUCUGCUGUAGGUAUCAUCCAUGAGCGGCAUUUCCCAUGAACCACCACAAUAAUGCUGGCAGGAAAUGGUAAGGACCAAAAGGGGGGGUAGCCACACAGGUCAACAAGUAUAGCAGUGGCUUCGUGGGGAGUAGAGGAAGAUGAUUGGAAUAUGGCUCGAGAGGUGGUAAUUUCGAUGGCACCUUAGGCGGUUUUCAUAAAUUGCCAUCCUGUCUGGAAGUAUAUACGAACCAAUGAGAUGGGUAGGAUGAAGGAGUCGUCCGCAGAACAUAUGCAAGACCUGCAGAGACAAUGUGGGCGGGUUCAGGUGGUCGGUCGUAAUGUAUGUAAUUGUAUAAGUGCGUAUGUAUGGUUGUAUGGUUUAUGUAGGUAUGGUAUGGUAGGCUUCGACCACCAUCUCACAAUAAUGCGGCCCAUCUCAUACCAUGCUUUGAUGUUAUCUCAUACGUCGACAAUAUACAUAUAUAUGUACUAUAGCUCGCAGAUGUAUAGUAUGCUAUGUAUAGUAGGAGGGAGGUAUAUCCUGUGUGGCCACUUAAAGUUGUGGAUUCAACAUUUUAGAUUUUCCUGUGGCUUUUCCCGUCGCACUACCAAAGUACUUUGUGCAACACUGAAUAUCAUUAUGGUUUGAUUAUCGUGCGAAGGUUGGCUGUUUCCCCGCAAAACACGAAUUGACUGGGAAAUAGCAACCUUUUUUUUCUUCUCCCUCUCUUUCUCUUGUACUUCGGUACCUAUGUAGAUUCUGCUUCUUUCUCUUUUUACGCUUGGAUUGCAACGUCGUCGCCCUGCAUCUUGAAGAUACUUGUAAAAUUCGAUGCAAUCCACUUUUUUUUUCCUAUUCCAUUCCAUCUUUCCAUCUUCCUAUCAUCCCAUCGUCCCUUAGGUUCUCUUUUGCCUAGUUGCGCAACGCGUAGGCUUGAUGAAAUGAUAGUCAUCGUGCAACCAUCCUCGCAUAUACUGUACAUCCACAUCUUAUGUAGAGGGCCUACAUACCCUUACGUAUACCUCGUCCUUGCGAUUUAGGCGUCUCAGCGUCUGAGCCAGAAACCCGCCGAUGGAGGCUGCCACCUACGAAGGAAGCGCAAUUUUUUCUUCUUCUGUU